AUGUUAGAAAAGUUUGGUUCUAAAUUUACUUAUAGAACAUUUGUUGGAAGUUCAACUAAUAAAAAUGAAGUAUGUGAAUUAUGCUAUUAAACUUUUGAUUGGUAUUAAAUAGUUUAAAAAAAUAUCAAAGGAAACACAAAUAACAUCAAUGUAAAAGAUGUCUUAGAUAUGUAUGUUACAAUUGUGGUCCUGAUAAGGCAAUCAUUCCAUCUCAUGAUUUAAAAACUCCUCAUAGAAUUUGUAAGAAUUGCAAAGAUGAUUCAAAACAUCAAAUAUAAUAAAUGGAAGUAGAAAAAUGCAAAUUUGGAUAAUUAUCUGGGAUUGGAAAAAGAUGGGCUUAUUUGGCUUAGGGAGAUGAGUAUUAUUUUAUACAUUUUUCAGUUUUUUAAUUGAUAAGGCUUAAGAAGAAUACUAAAAAUCAUUACCUAAAAUUUUAAAAAAUGCAAGCAAUGAAACAAAAAAUUAAAUAUAAACUAAUCUUCAAAGAUUUUUUAAAGAGGUAUUCAUAUUAAUUAUAAUCUAUUUUAGAAUAAAAAAACUUUAAAUUAUUCUUUAUAUGAUUGGAAUUAUAAAAUGUGUUAAGGAGAAUAAGAAAUUUCUAUAUUGACUAAAAUAUCAAAUGUCUUACAUUGUUUUUUCUAAUCCAAUCCUGUUAAAUUAACUAGAAAUCUAGUCUUUAUAACUACUUAUAUUUUGUAUUUUUGCGAUGAAGCUAUAUGUUUAACUUUAUUAUAGUUUUUACAUUAAAAAGUAUUCCCUUCCAGAUUUCAAUACCAUAAAUUAGAUACAGAAGAAAAUAAACCUAUUGAUUAAGAAGUCAAAUUUUUAAUGGAUUGUAUUUUAGAAUAAUCUAGUUCUACAAUUGAUUCUCUAUUGAAAUCCAAAAUAAAGGUAUUUUUGGAUACUUAUUCAUCUGAUAUCCUAACAACUCUUAUGUUUAAUCAUAUAGAAUUUUAUGUUGGAUAUUUUCUCUUUAAUCAAUUGCUAAUCAAUAGAGAAGUAUAUAUGUUCUAUCUACUUGAUAUAGUUUUCUAUUUAUGAGAAAUUUUUAGCAAAUAUUUGUUUGGAAUUACAGAAAAUCAUAACAGAUGUAUCAAUAGAUGAAAUACCACUUUAAAUUAUGAAAAACAUUUAAUUAGAGUAGUUAACAACUUUUUUAUAAAUGGAAGAUUAACAAAAAAGAAAAUAUAGAACUAGUUUAACAAGUAAGGAUUAACUAAGUUAAUAAUCAUAAAUAAUCAUUACAUAAUAAUAAUAGAAGAAAGAAGAAUAACAAUAACCAAGAUAAUCAAUUAAUGAUAAUUCUCUAGAAUAUUUAUUAGAUUCAUUUAUAGGACUAUUAAAAGAUAAUUAAUAUUAUAAAAUAGAGUAAAUGAUAUAAAAUGAAAUGUAUGAUAAUCAUAAGAAUUAAAUAAAAGAAUUAUAUUAAGCCAUCAAAAAAUAAAAUGAAGAAUUGUCAGGUUUAAGAAAUUCUAUAAAUUAUGCAAAAUAAGAUUAUGAUUUAGAAUCUGAUACUAGUAAUUCAAGGAUAUCUAGAAGUUCAAUAAAAUUAGAUGAUGCUGAAAGAACUUAUUUUUAAAGAGAAUUAUAAGAAAAAAAUAAUUAGAAAAGAGAAUUAGAAGAAAAAGUAUAAGAUUUAAAAUAAUUAAUUCAAAGAUAUAUUGAUUAACAAUAAUAAAGUGAAUUGGAUAAUUAUAAUACAGUUAGUAAUUUAAAAGCUUAAUUAUCUAAUAAUGAUUAGUCAUCAGAAAAUACUAAAGAAAUCUAUAUGAAAGCUUUUGAAUAAAAAGAGGAGAAUUAUAGAAAUCAAAUAUCUAAAUUACAUUCAGAAAUUAGUAGUUUAAAAUUUGAGAUAAAUAAUUUAUAAAUCUAAUUAUAAUAAAGUUAAAAAAACAAAACUGAAUUUGAAAAUUAAUUGAAGGAGAAAAUAAAUAGUGAAUAUGAAUAAGAAGUAUAUCGAUUAACAGAAGAAAGGGUUUAAUUAUUGAAAAAAACAUCUAUUUUGUAAUAAUAAAAUUCAUAUUUCUCUUUAAAAUAUGAGGAAAAAGAGUUAGAAAUAUUAGAGUUAAAGAAAUAACUAGAAGAAUAAAAAAAAAAUACAGAAGAAAUAAGUAUAUUAUAUGCUAAAUAAAAUGAAUAAUCAGAAAAAUUAAAUAAACAUAUAGAUGAUUUAAAUGUAUAAAUUUUAGGUUUGAAAAGAAAAGAUUUUGAUUAAAAUUUUAAUUAAACUAAUGUUUAAACAAAUAUUAAUAAAGAAUUAUAAGAAAAUAAUAUAUAAAUAAGAAAUAAUCUUUUAUAAAAGGAGAAAGAAUUAUUUAAUUUGAAAUAGAAAUUUGUAGAAGUGAAUUAAUUAAAAAUUGAGUAUUUUGAUUAGAUGUAGAAUUAUGAAAGAAUUAAUAAGGAAAUUAAUCAAGCUCUUAAAUAAUAUGAAGGAAAGGAAAUUCAUUAAUUAAAAUCAUUUUAUGAAGAAAAGAUCUCAUUAUUAGAAUAAACUCAUGAAGAAUAAAUGAAUAGAUUAUUAUCAUAAUUUUAACAAAAUCAACCAAACUAAUAAGAAUAAAAGACUACCAAUUAUCAAUAAUAAUUUAAAGAUAUAUAACCUUAUUAAGAAAAGCAAAUAAUUGAAGAACAAUCAUAAAAUUAAAGUGUUGGAUAAACUGAUGAUUGUACAAUAUUCUGA